AUGUCCAACGAGUCCGGCCAUACGGAAAAACUGGGAAUCGACGACUGUACUGUGCCGGAGACCAGUGUCAGCGUCUAUGAGGCUCUUUACCGCAGGCGCAUGGCGUGGGACUUCCGCAAUCAGCCGGUCCCCAGGGAUGCGCUGGACCGUAUGCUGGCCACUGCCGUCUGGGCGCCGAACCAUCGGCUGACCGAGCCUUGGCGGUUCUUUAUCAUAGAAAAGGGGAGCGCAGCGUCGGAAAAGGUUGCCGGGCUGGCUUAUGAUUUCGCGCUGCAGCGCAGCGGCGGCGAACAGCGGGCAGCGGCAACCCGAGACUCACUGCUCAAGACGCCGGUGCUCAUCUACGCAUAUUCCACCCCGGGACGUGACGAGGAAGGCACGAAGGAGAAUUACGCCUCGGUGUGCUGUGCUGCCCACAACAUGGCCCUGGCCGGUGUGGCCGAGGGCUUGGCCGUGACCUGGGAGACGGGCGGCCCCACCCGCCAUCCCGACCUCGCCGAAGCUCUGGGCGCCGAGGCCGACUGGACCCUCACCACCAUGCUGUCCGUCGGCUACCCGGCCGAAAACCCCCGAUCGGAACGUACCCCGGUAGCCAACUUCGUUCGCUGGCUGGACUAG